AUGGGCAAUAAAACAUCGUAUCGAACUAAUAAUCACACAAAACACUCUUCGACAUUAAAAAUAACAUCGACCAAUAGUAAUGGUCAUCGAUAUUUUGAUACGGCAGACGAAAUUGAUUACAAACGACAGUUACACGGAUCACCAAGAUUCCGACGAAAACAAACCAAACAAAGUUAUUUUGAUAAAAAAGCUAAACAUCAUCAACAACAACAGAAAAAAUCUCAAACCGUUUCAUCUUAUCUCAACGUUAGUCUACAAUCAAUUGGAGAUCGUACUGUAAGCUUUUUCUCACGUAGUUUCAAUUUUUUACAUCGUGAUUCAGGUGAUACUCGACACAGUACAAAUGGUUAUUUAAAACAUCAACAUCGUCCACCAUCAUAUCGAAAUACAUCAAGACGAAAAUAUCAGACAUCAUCAUUAAGAAAUCCAUAUCGAAGAUCGAACACAAAUUUUCCCGUGAGAGGACAUGAAGCGUUAUUUUUACCAGAAUUUUCAAUUAAAGGAAAAAUUACCGAAGCCGAUUUUGAAGUAAUUGAUAUCAUUGCUCGUGGUGCUUUUGGAAAUGUUAUUCAAGUUUGCUCGUUAAAUGAUAAUAAAAUAUAUGCAAUGAAAAUAAUGUCAAAAUCUCAAAUUGUACGCGAUAAUGCUGUUCAACAAGUGAAAGAUGAAGUGACUAUUGCUCAAUCAUGUCUGACACAUCCAUUUAUUGUUCAUACUUAUUUCUAUUGGCAAUCACGACGUUAUUUAUAUAUAAUUACAGAUUAUGUACAAAAUGGUGAAUUACUUAGUUUAUGGUUACGAAUAAGACGAUUUCCUGAAUUGAUUGUAAAAAUAUACAUUGCACAAGUAUCUCUUGUUCUGGAUUAUUUACAUCAAAAAGGAAUUAUUUAUCGUGAUGUUAAAAUGGAAAAUAUUCUAUUAGAUGUCGAAGGAAAUAUUAAAAUAAUCGAUUUUGGACUAUCAAAAUGGUUACCACAAGGUUCGAGAACAACAACAAUAUGUGGAACAUUACAAUAUAUUGCUCCAGAAGUAUUAAGUGUUCGUCCAUACGAUCAUCGUGUUGAUUGGUAUUCAUUAGGUAUAUUAAUGUAUGCAUGUUUAUUCGGUGAAUAUCCUGUUAGUGCCACUAAAGAUCAUAUAACAAUGGCAAAUAAAGUACUCAGUCAUUCAUUUCAUAUUCCAUAUUUGGGUGCCACACGAAAAGAUCAUCAUCCAUAUUAUAAAGAUUUACUUUUACAAUUAUUACAUAAAGAUCCAAAUCAACGUUUAUGCAAUUUGGAAACAUUUCGUGAAACACCUUAUAUGUCAACGCUUGAUUUUGAUCGAGUAUAUACGAAAUAUUAUUCACCAAUAAAACUAUUAUGUCAGUUAAAACCUGAGUGGACACACGAAAUUGAAACACUUUAUCAUAUACAACAACCUAGAACUAAUGGCAAUUAUACAGAGGAUAAUGAUGAUUUCUAUAUCUCACAAUUAUCUUCAUCUCCUUCCCGUUCUAUAUCGCCGGGAUAUCACCAACUAAACGGCGAUAGUAGGAAUUGUAGUCAAUACCAAAAUGUUCAAGAAUUAUUUCAAAAAUUUUCUACCUGA